AUGACAUUCGAGCAUCAAAGAGCACCAGUCAUGAUUAGCCUGCGAAUGAACGUCGGCUCCAACGAAGCAGAGUUAUCCCAAGGCCUGUCACGCGCCCGGAGCCAACGUGUGGCGAAUUACACAUUUGUACUCCGGAUUAGGCCGUAUUUGGUUAGUUUUGUCGGAAGCGCUACGGGAUUUCUGGGCUUCCGAAUGGAUGAUACUUCCGAUCCCGGUCGGAACCUUGGAGCCCCGGUUGCCAUCAUCGGAUGCCCUGAAAUGCCACCUAGCUGGGUGACGUCGAGCGACGAAAUUAUGAAGCACUCAUACGCAUAUUUGUAUUAUUAUUACUCGAACUCGCUACAUCCAGCAUUGGCAGCCAUAUUUAUGUAG